AAAUCCCAGAAACUCCAAAAACAAGCAACCGUGAAAAGCAGGAAGAGAGAGAGAGAGAGAGAGCGAGAUGGCGACAGCGGACUCCGACUCGGGAGACUUCCACUCCGUCGUCUCCCAUCAACGGCGGGAACUCCUGGAAGCGCAAACCCUGGAGUCAGACCUCGACUUUGCAUUCCGCCUCCAACUCGAAGAGGCUCUCGCGGCUUCUAUGUCUUCUCUCCCAUCUACAUCGUCGUCUCCGCCACGAGUGCAAAACCCCGACACUGACUGCUUCGUUUCGGGCCUCAGGGCUUUGCAGACGGAUGAACUUGACCGGCUCGAACAGGAGGUCAGGGACCGCCAGCAGAGCGAGGCAGAGAUGACGAAGCUGCGUGAGGAUAUCCAUCGGCGAGCGCAUGAUCAGAAGCUUGCGCGGGAAAUCUCUCAGAUGCCGGAAGAGGAAUGGGAGGAGUACGGCGACAACUACGAGCGUCCGUUCGGGGAGGGGUCGUCUUCUGGGGAGGUGUUUAGGGUGUUUUUCAAGGGGUUGGCUCGUGAGGAGAAGAUUGGGAAUUCGAGGGAGCCGAUUAUGGGGAUCGGCGUUUCGAUUUGUGAUUUUAGGGACAAUUUGGUUUUCGAAUUGCAGAAGCCAUUGGUGGGGUGCGGGAAGAGCCAUGAAUACGCUGAGACUAGGGCAAUGAUCGAAGCGCUCAAUGCAGCGCUUGCUUUGGAUUUGACGCGUGUCGACCUUUUCUGCGAUCAUCAGCCGCUUUACCAGCGUGUUAGGGGCAAAUGGCCACCUAAGAACCGUAAGAUUGCUGCAUUACUUGAUCAGGUGGCUGUUCUUCGAAAAAAAUUCACAUACUGUAACCUGUUUCUUGUGAUAAGACAUGAUAUUAAGUUUGCAAUUAAACUUGCAAACGAUGCUAUAAAUUCUCAGAUCAUGAGACCUGCAAAAUUUCUCCAUGGCAAUAAUUUGAAGGAGACUUGCAUAAUUUGUUUAGAAGAUACUGAUAUUGGUCAGAUGUUUUCAGUUGAUGGUUGCCUGCACCGCUAUUGCUUUUCUUGUAUGAAACAGCAUGUGGAAGUGAAGUUGCUUCAUGGAAUGGUUCCUAAAUGCCCUCAUGAAGGCUGUAAAUCACUGCUGAAAAUUGACAGCUGUGGGAAAUUCUUGACACCUAAAUUGAUUGGAAUUAUGAGUCAACGUCUGAAGGAAGACUCGAUUCCUGUGACAGAGAAAGUUUAUUGUCCAUAUCCUAGAUGCUCUGCAUUAAUGUCUAAAAAGGAGGCUUUGGAAUAUGCCAACACUACUUCUGUUGGUGCUAUACGAGCUGGAGCCAGAAAAUGCAUGACAUGUAAUGGCCUUUUCUGUAUCAAUUGCAUGGUCCCUUGGCAUGGUAAGAUGACCUGCUUUGAGUACAAAAGAUCAAAUCCUUUUCCCCAGGCAGAAGAUGCAAAACUGAAGUCGCUUGCAACAAGAAAUCUAUGGCGUCAAUGUGUGAAGUGCAACCAUUUGAUUGAACUUGCUGAGGGUUGCUUCCACAUCACUUGCAGAUGCGGUUAUGAGUUCUGCUAUACUUGUGGUGCUGAAUGGAAGAACAAAAAGGCAACAUGUUCCUGCCCCCUCUGGGAUGAGGAUAAUAUUUGGGACGAAGGCGAUAGAGAUUUUGAUGACGAAUACUAUUCAGAAGAUGAAUAUUACUCUGAGGAUGAUGAUGAUCUUUUUGGCUUUAAUCAAGUCUCUUAUCGUUAGGCAGGCAUAGGAUUAUAUGCAUGGCCCCCAUUCCCCCUUUUUGCCUUCGGGUCAAAAGCCUUUUGUGCUUAGCAAGGAACUGGUGUCAGUAUUGCAUAGAUACCCUUUUUAUACCCCUUUUUUUGUAAUGCAGUGGACUUCUCUUUUCCCUGUCUAAUCUUCUUCUCAUUGACUUUGUCAUUUUAUCAUAUGGUAUAUUUAUAUCUUCAAA